UCCGGAACUUACUCCUCCGGUCUGUCGCCGCUCGUACCCGUGCGCACUCCCGAGACACCAGGAAAUAUGGCGGCGCUCAUGACUCUUAGUCAGCUAUCGAAUGGAAACCCAGCCUAUGAAAACCAUUACAGACAGUUGGAUCCGGGAAAUACAGGCAAAAUAUCAGCUGGCGAUGCAGCUCAAUUCCUUAAAAAGUCUGGGCUGUCAGGCAGCACAUUGGGGAAGAUUUGGGAUUUGGCAGAUUCAGAAAGAAAAGGCUAUUUAGAUAAACGGGGUUUCUUCAUAGCUUUGAGGCUGGUGGCAUCAGCACAGGGUGGAAAUGAUAUCAGUCUUAACAACCUCAACCAAAACUUAGCUGCACCUAAAUUUACAGACACAAGCAGCCCUUUAUUAAACGUUUCAUUGACGACACUUGACUCGCAAUGGACAGUUAGGCCUGAUGAGAAAGGGAAGUUUGAGGGAAUUUUUGAGAGUCUGUCCCCUGUAAAUGGACUCCUCUCUGGUGAUAAAGUCAGGCCAGUUUUGGUAAACUCCAAACUACCUCUGGAUGUGUUAGGAAGGAUAUGGGAUCUAAGCGAUGUAGACAAAGAUGGACACUUGGAUAAAGAAGAAUUCACAGUGGCCAUGCAUCUUGUGUAUCGUGCCAUGGAGAAGGAGCCUGUUCCAACUAGCUUACCUGCUUCCCUCAUCCCUCCUGCUAAACGGAAAAAGUCUGCAGUUACGCUCCCAGGUGCCGUGGCUGUGCUACCUGCUCUAUCUGGUCUUACGUCUGGUCCAGCUCCUGUCAUAGAGACCCUGCGAAGCACUCCUCCUCUGAGCAGCACAACUCCCCUCAGCACCAAUACUGUAAACGUUUCUCCAAAGCACUCUUUUAAAUCCAGCUCACAGCCAGUGGUGAACUGGGUGGUACCAGUGGCUGACAGAGAGAGAUACGAUGAUAUUUUCAAGAAAACCGACACUGACAGCGAUGGCCUCGUCACAGGCAGUGAGGUUAUAGAGAUCUUCAUGCAGUCCACUCUCUCCCAGACAAUGCUGGCACAGAUAUGGGGACUCGCUGACACAAAACAGAUGGGAAAGCUGACCUGUGAGCAGUUCUCUCUGGCCAUGUACCUGAUACAACAAAAAGUUGCUAAGGGCAUAGAUCCUCCCUCCUCUCUCACUCCAGAAAUGAUCCCCCCAUCAGAAAGGACUGCAGCUUUGGGCCCUAGCUAUGCAGAGCUUAUGUCCUCAGUGAGACCAGGACUUGCUGCAUUCGCAAGUGUUCGCAGAGACAGUACCAGCUCCACAGGGUCUGCAGAGCUGACAGGCAUCAAAGAGCUGGAUGACCUCAGUCAGGAAAUAACUCAGCUGCAGAGAGAGAAAUUCAUCCUGGAGCAAGAGAUUAGGGAAAAGGAGGAAGCCAUCAGACAACAAAACAGUGACGUUCAAGAUAUGCAAAAUGACUUGGAUAGAGAGAGCAGCAGCCUGCAGGACCUGGAGUCCCAGAAGCAGGAUGCCCAGGAACGUCUGGAGGAGAUGGAUCAGCAGCGCUCCAAGCUUGAGGGGAUGCUUAAUGACUUGAAGCAGAAGUGCCAGGAGGAGACUCAGAUGAUUUCGUCUUUGCAGAGCCAGAUCCGCUCCCAGGAGACUGACCUACGUAGCCAGGAAGAUGAGCUAAGUCGCACCAAGGCUGAUCUGAGUCGGCUCCAGGAGGAAGAGGCCCAGCUGGAACAAAACUUGCUCUCUGGUCGUGUCCAGCUGGACAGCAUCAUCAAGUCACUCAAAACCACCCAGGAGGAGAUCAGCCAGGCUCGCAGUAAGCUGUCACUGAUUCAGGACAGCCAAAAGGAGAUGACCAAGACCAUUGAGGAUUACAACAGUGCUUUGAGCGACAUCAACGGGGGAAACUUGAGCAACCUGCCAGACUUAAGUGGAGGGUUUGCUGAGAAGGAGAAUGGAGGUUUCAGAAGUGCGGAUGACUCAUUCAAGUUAAAGAUAGCUAUGUUCAACAACAACAGCAUUGCUAAAGAGCCUCCAGCAGACCCAUUCCAGACAGAGGACCCCUUCAAAUCUGACCUCUUCAAUGAUCCAUUUGGAGGGGAUCCCUUUAAAGAAAGUGAUCCCUUCAAAGGUGCUUCAUCUGAAGACUUUUUUAAGAGGACUGACAAGUCAGACGUGUUUGGAUCUGCAGACCCAUUUGGCAGAAAACCCACACCACCAGUCAAGCCAAAUGCCUUCAGCAGUGGUGACCCUUUCUCAUCAAGCAGCUCGAAACCUAAGGAUUCAGAUUUGUUCAAGAAAGUGGACCCCUUUGGAAGCAAGGCGGGAGGAUUUGCUGACUUUAGUCAGAUGUCAAAGCUUAUCCUUUCUUUUUCUGUUGGUGAGCAGAAGUUGGACAAUCCGGUACUCCCAUCAAAGAAAAAUGUGCCCAACCGGCCUGCACCUCCCUAUGUAGGUAAGCUCAGUUUGAGUGCAUCACAACUGCUCCAGAACAUUUGCUCCUCAGCAGACAAUAAAGACUCUUUUGUUACAACACGCUCAAGUAAAGCACCUAAAGACUUUCCGUUUGGAAGUGAGAGCCAGCAGUUGGAGUGGGCCAAGCAAGAGAGUGAGCGUGAGGAACAGGAGAGGCUGAAGAGGCUGCAGCUUCAGGAACAGCAGGACCUGGAGCUGGCCAUCGCUCUCAGCAAGGCAGACAUGCCUGAUGCCUGACCAAGCAUGCCCCAUCACAGCUUUUUGUCCCCUUCCUUCUACCUUACAGUCCUUCUGUUUGCCUACCCAUGACAACACCCCUGACACUGGACCGACAUGACUACCAGCCCCUGCUACCAAUUUGUGCAAGAGACCAGUUUUUCUUCAGCUAUGACUGGACUCUUGUCCGAUGGCUCCAAGUAUAGCAACAUUUUAAGGUUCAUUGCUCCCAAACUACAUGACAACUAUAAUCAGGGACAAUUCGGAGCCACUUGAUUGAAGCCUGGCUUCAUCAUACAAGUACAUAGCGAUUUAUCGCAACCUGGACCAGUCGGGUACGUGACUGCAACCUGUAUCUAGCUCCAUAUCUUGUUAUGCCUAAUCAGCCAACAUUGUUUCAAAGCCUUUCUGCUGAAGAUAAAAUAACUUUUGAGGAAUAUUUGGCCGUUGUAUUUAUAUACUAAAGCAAUGAAUCUGUGGUGUAUGAAGUAAAGUGCACUCUAAAUCUGUUUUAUAUAACCUUUCAUUACGCAGACAAAUUCAUAUUGAAAGUUGAACUAUACACACUAACUGCUCUGUUUGCCUAUGGUUUGUCCAGUGGCAAAUGCUGUUUUUUUUCUUUUUAGUAAGAAACGUCUGUGUACUGUAAAUAUUGUUCUAUGUACAAGCCUUGGAUAAGUGGAGUGUAUCCUGAAAAAAAAGUCUGUCUUAAAGAACUGCAGCAUAAUGAUCAGAUCAAUGGCAUGAUUUAGACUGCAAAUGUUACAAGUGUUUCUAGCUUUUAUAUCUACUAUUUAUGGAAUUUAAAGUGCAUAAGUUGAAGAAACAUAGGAAUAUCAUCUGAACCCUUAAGGUGCUAGUGAUAAUCAUUAAGGUCUUCCUCCCUUACGAACAAAAUUCUGCCCACCUAGAGUGCUGUUCACCAUCACUCUGAUGUGAGUAGCUUGUUUGCCAAAUAGUUCAUCAUUGGAUGCCUUGUGACACCCAAACAACUUGCACUCCCAUACAACUAAAAGCCUCUGUAAACCUUCCUUGACUAUACUGGUGCUGUUACACUUUGCUUUGCCAUUAUACUUCUUCAAUUAUAAUUCAGACUACCAACAAUGUACAGUGACAUGUACUUCCAAGUCCUUGCUUUUCUUUCAACAGCCUAAUCCCAUUUUUUUCCUGUGGAUUUUUUAUUUUACUUUUUUGAUCUUUAUUGUCCGAUGAUCCAGCUGGAGGACAAUUUUUCAAAUGCCUUAAAAUAUUGCAUUAUUGUAAUUACACUAAUCAGGUUUUUUGGCACAUAAUGUAUGCACUGUAUAUUCCAGAGCUUACUGGACAUGUACAGAGUGACCGCGCCUUAUUUAUCAACAUAUCAACACUGUAACAUGUUAUCUUGCAUAUUCUGUAUGUAAUUCUAGAAAUUCCCUCUAAGUUUUGAGUUGCUCAAAACGAUAACUUUCAAUUGAAUAAAAAUGAUUUUUAACAUUC